UGGCGGCGGGCAGGGACGCCGGCUUCCUGCGGGCGGCUUAAGGGGAAACACAGGGCACAGCCGCGGCACUCCCACAGUGCGGAGAAACGCGACUUAAGCGCUGGGGUUGACCUUCCAGUUAGGGGCGUGCAUUCCAAGUAGUGGAAGGAUGCGCUGACAAAGGAGCUGCGGAGACUCCGUUUUGUACAUCAAGAUGACUCAGGAGACAAACCAGACCCCAGGGCCCAUGCUGUGUAGUACAGGAUGUGGAUUUUAUGGAAAUCCUAGGACAAAUGGGAUGUGUUCAGUUUGCUACAAAGAGCAUCUUCAGCGACAGCAGAAUAGCGAUAGAAUCAGCCCAAUGGGAACAGCCAGUGGUUCAAACAGUCCUACCUCAGACUCUGCAUCUGUACAGAGAGCAGACACUAACUUAAACAACUGUGAAGGUGCUGCUGGCAGCACAUCUGAAAAAUCAAGAAAUGUGCCUGUUGCCGCUUUGCCUGUAACACAGCAAAUGACAGAAAUGAGCAUUUCAAGAGAGGAAAAAGUAACACUGAAAACAGAGACUGAGCCAGUUGUUACUCAACCAAGCCCAUCAGUUUCUCAGCCUAGCACAUCACAGAGUGAAGAGAGAGCUCCUGAACUGCCCAAACCAAAGAAGAACAGAUGUUUCAUGUGCAGGAAGAAGGUUGGCCUUACAGGAUUUGACUGCCGAUGUGGAAACUUAUUUUGUGGACUUCACCGUUAUUCUGACAAGCAUAACUGCCCGUAUGAUUACAAAGCAGAAGCUGCAGCAAAAAUCAGGAAAGAGAAUCCAGUUGUUGUGGCUGAAAAAAUCCAGAGAAUAUAAAUUAACCUGCUUGCAAAAA